AUGGAGGAGAACCCAAAGUUGGCACAAGUCAGCACCAUUUCCCUCCACCGGCUCGUCCCUGAGUUUGCGGGGUUGGGGGCGGACGCCUUGCAGGAAAACGAUACCGUCAGGUACAGGGUGUUUGCCGGUACAUGGAAUGUUGGUGGCGUGGCGCCGCCGGGCGAUUUAGUCCUGGAGGAUUGGCUGGACACCAGGGCCUGCAACUCCUACGACAUAUACGUUCUUGGGUUCCAAGAGAUGGUGCCUCUGAACGCGAGGAACGUGCUCGGACCCAAGAACAGCUCCAUAUCUAGCAAGUGGAACCAACUCAUCGGAGACGCACUGAACAGCACGGGAAGAAGGCGAGAAGAAGAAGAGACGGCGGCACCUUUGCACCACGAGCAGAAGCAGUUCAGGUGCGUCACGAGCAAGCAGAUGGUCGGUGUCUUCGUCUCCGUUUGGAUGAGGAGCGGCCUCCGCCGCCACGUCCGCCACCUAGGCGUCUCCUGCGUCGGCGCCGGCGUCCUUGGCCGUCUCGGCAACAAGGGUGCGGUGUCCGUCCGGUUCUUGCUGCACGGCACGAGCUUCUGCUUCGUCUGCUGCCACCUGGCCUCCGGCAGCAAGGACGGCGAUGUGCUGCUCCGCAACGUCGACGCGGCGGACAUCCUAUCGAGGACCAGAUUUCGCCGAUGCCGCACCGCAGCGCCGGACGAGGAGCUGCCUUCCAAGAUCCUUGACCACGACCGCGUGGUGUUGCUUGGCGACCUGAACUACCGAAUCUCCAUGGACGACGCCGAGGCGCGGCUGCUGGUGAGUGCCAACAAGUGGAGCACGCUGCUGGAGAAGGACGAGCUGCUGCUCGAGCUCUACAGGGGGCGGAGCUUCGACGGCUGGAGCGAGGGCCUAGUCACUUUCCCCCCGACAUACAAGUACCACCGCAAUUCCGACAAGUUCUACUGGUGCAUCGACGGCGGCGGUGGCCGGACGCAGCAGCGAGCGCCGGCAUGGUGCGAUCGUGUCCUCUGGCACGGCAAGGGGCUGAAGCAGAUCCGGUACGAGAGGUGCGGCGGGUACAGGCUCUCGGACCACCGGCCGGUCAGGGCGGUGUUCGACGCCGUGUGCGAGGUUCCCAGACCUGUAGAAUCGUUCUUACAGGCUACAGGGCUUAUGUGCUUUCAGAUAACACAGACAGUCCGCCUCACUAACGAUAGCUGUCACAACACCAACAAGCUUAAUGAAGGGGGUGUCCGUGUCGGGGCCUCAUGCCCGGACCUCACCUACGCAAAUCAUCAGAGUACAGGAAGCCUCACCAAAACGUCGAACGUCGCUGCCACCAACUUCCAGCGGCCCAUCUUCAGGAAGGAUCAAGGCAUUGAUCUUGAUAGGUCUGCCAUCGACGCCACCACAGCGUCAGACAACGCCACCACCCUGCUCUCAUCCAUCGUCACACGCCAGCCAGUGAAACCCCCGCUGCACCACGCCGCCGAGACCCGCCACCAUCAACGCGGUAGAUGA